AGAACAAAUUAUAAAUAGGAGAACAAACCCAAAGGGUUCAAUUCAAAAAGAUUCAUCAAUCUCUCUCUUUCUAUCUCACUCACAAGCCAAACAUGGUUUCUUCUCCUUCUUCUUCAUCCUUUUGGACUGCAUCUUCCAUAAACCUUCAAUUCUUCACCCGAAUCAAACGUUUUCUUCAAUCCAAAUCUUCUCGGAAACGCAGCCACAAGUCCGAUCAAUUUCGCGUAUCAAAAUUGAAAUCAGAAAUCAGCGAUCAGAAGAAUGAGAAGCCGCAGGUUGAAAAGAUUGAAAUGAUCAAAGUUACGCAGAAACAGAGUGAGAGUAUAGAAGAGGAGGAGAAGGAGGAGGAGGAGGAAGUGGAGUGUGAGAUUUUGUUGCAGAGGUCUGUGAAGAAGCUCCACUUUGGUGAUUGGGACGAGAAGGAGAUUGCAGCCAAAGACAUUGAAACUCUGGCGAAACGCGAUGUCAAGGCUCGCAAGUUGAUCAUGGAGCUUGGCGUCGUGCCGGUGCUCGUCUCUAUGGUGGCUUCCGACGUAUCCAGCCGCCGGAGUUCCGCCGUCAUGGCGUUGAUUCAGCUCGCAGAUGGAAGCUUCACGAACAAGGCCAUGGUAGUGGAGGCAGGAAUAUUGUCCAAGUUACCUAAGAGGAUUGACCUUGUAGACGAAUCGACAAGAAGUCAAAUUUCAGAGUUGCUUCUGUCAUUAUCAUCUUUAGCAACCACACAGUACCCUUUUUCAUCACUGGACUUACUCCCAUUUCUCAGAGACAUUCUUCAGUCAAACUCAAGCUUUGAUACCAAACAGUCAUGUCUAGGAGCCAUAUUCAAUCUCUCAGCUAUUUUAGAGAAUGCAGGGCCUUUAGUUUCUAGUGGGUUUAUUCCCAUACUUCUAGAACUUUCAUCAGAAAAACAACUUUCAGAGAGAGCACUGGCCUCACUUGGGAACUUAAUUGUGACAUUGAUGGGGAAGAAAGCAAUAGAAGAGAGCUCAAUGGUACCAGAGAGCUUGAUUGAGAUCUUGUCAUGGGAAGAUAAGCCAAAAUGUCAAGAGAUUUCAACUUAUAUUCUGAUGAUUCUCGCUCAUCAAAGCUCAUCACAGAGACAGAAGAUGGCCAAGGCAGGGAUUGUUCAUGUGCUUCUUGAAGUGGUUUUAUUGGGAAGCACUUUGGCUCAGAAGAGAGCUUCAAAACUGUUGCAAUGGUUUAAGGAUGAAAGGCAAGUGAGAAUGGGCCCACAUUCUGGCCCACAAACAUCAAGAACAACCUUUUCUAUGGGUUCACCUCUGAAUCAAAUGGAGGCAAGGGAAGGGAAGAGAAUGAUGAAGAGUUUGGUCAAGGAAAGUUUACAUAGGAAUAUGGAAAUAAUUACUGAGAGAGCAAAUAUUGCGGCUGGAGAAUCUUCUCUAAGUUCAAUUCUUUAAUAAUCAGUACAAGUUCCAAGAGUUUGCCUUACUGAUUGAGCUUUCUUUUCCUCCCUUUUCUUUUUAGACUUUUUUUGGACUUUUCAAUCUCAUUAGUUCUAGAAUGAUGACAUCAUUUAGUAGGAAAGAAAAUGCAAAUGAUGGCCUUAGGUGGAAAUCUCACCAACUUGUGUAUCUUGACCAGUAUCAAUGAAAAGUCUUCAGACAUAAAAA